GCGUUCCAAAUUCGAUCAGUUGGAGCUAGAAUGGUGGGUCAUAUGUUUUCGUAGAUCAAGUCAGGUUUUAUCCCUUUUCUCCCUUGUUUGACAGUAGUAACAUGUGGGAGAGCAUCAAAGGUUUUUUUCGACGGCACAGAAGAAAAUUUCUCGUAACUGGAGUUGUCAUUGGCGGAGUUUAUUUGCUGGGUCGCUACGCAAGAUGGCGUCUGGCCGAAUGGCAACGACAGCGUGAAAUGGAGUACGUCGAACAAGCAAGAAAACAACAUCACUUCGAAAGCAAUCUUAGAACUUGUACAGUAACUCUUUUCUCACUAGUACCAAGUUUACGGGAUGCGCUGAUGGAAAAGCUGAACUGUGAAACUAUAACUUCGAAGCUUCGCGAAAAACCUGCAAACAAGCUCGAACUUUGGGAACAGCUCAAGAUUUUGAGUUUCACUCGCACCCUUUCGUCGAUCUAUUCUUCGUGUAUGCUGUUUGUGUUUUUAAGAGUUCAGCUUAACAUUGUUGGAGGUUAUUUAUAUUUAGACAGUUUGAUACCUACGGCAGAAAACUCAAACGGGAGGCAAGUUCACAUCGGUGAGGGCUUGCAGAAAAGGUACCUCGCCCUCGUGAGAUAUCUCCUUGGAGAUGGGCUUGAUUUCCUUUUAGAAAAAAUCAGACGAUCUGUAGAAGGUAAGGCGAGAAAAGGAUUAAAACUAAACAAAAUUGGUUGGUUAAGCACCGUUACGCCACAAUCUAAUUUUACACGUGUACUAAAAGUGUUGAUUAAAUCAUGACUUCUUGACUUCCCCUUGGUGGGGGGGAGGGGAAGAUCCAGAGGUAUUUGGAACCUUUGCCUUCUGGGACAGGGGCGUGGCCAGCAAUUUUGCAUACAAGGGUUGCUAAGGUGGUAUUGUUGUGAGAGGUAUUAGGUGAGGCUGCAUGUCCUCAGAUGGGGCUUCUUUUAUUUUUGUCAAAAAUUUCUAAUAUUUUAUGUCAGUGCCAAAUGUAGCUGGGGAUUAAAAAUCAUGCUUCCUGAAGAGAUGGUUAAAAGUGCGUCAGUCAAUAGUUGUUUUUGAAUACAUUACAUCAGGAGCUCCUGAUUACAUACUUUUUCAAACACUGUGGUCUUGUGAUAAUCUGUUCACUCUUGUUGUGUUGGUACCCAUGCUGUACCAGUCCCUGCAAUACUUAUCGAUGUCUCCUCUGAAUCAAAUAUACUGUAGCUGCACACUUCAAAUCUUUGAAGUGGUUAUAUGCCUGGAAGAAAGCGAUGUCUCGCUCUUUCAGCUUGAUAAUAAGUGGCUAUAAUACUGAAAGGCAAUGUGGUAACCUGGGUGAUGUUGAAUUAGCAAUUGAAUAACACAUGUGAUGGGCUGUUUGCCUUGCUAUUGAUGUCAGUGUCCAGAUGCAAUUCAUGUCCAUGCAGUUCCAGAUAAUUUCCUCAAAUUGAUUUGCAAACAGCCGCUCACUUGACAUAGCUUCUAGUGCUAUUAGACAAGUAUUGAUUGAAAGUGCAAAAAAAAGAAAAUCAUGCACUUCAUGACUUUUAACCUGGCACUGUGCUUUGCAUAAGCUGAGCAAUGUUGUCCUGCAGACCUCUUGCUGAUCUUCUUUAUAAUAACAAUACUGUAACCCUUGAUAUAGCAUGCAAUACCUUUCUGAUUUUUUUUUCUUCUUUGCUUGAAAUUACAGCCAGUUUCAUAGCCCAAAGAAGGGUUCCAGAACCCUUGGACCCCUCCCCUGGCUACACCACUGUGGGAGGAGAGAAUUUGAUAAUCAUAGCCUUCUGGGAAGUGGGGAAUCUGAACCCUAACUUGGAUUUCUUGUCAUGUGUGUUGGUCCUUGCAUAGAGUGUUUUUACAUGAUGUUACAACAGUCAUAUUAGUGUACCAAGACAGCCCUGUGGGAUUUGAACUCUUUUCUUAUGUAAAUGCUUUCUUUUGUUCCAGUAAAUUAGGAUAGGUUCUGACCACAUGAGUGAAAAUGCUCUAUAAUGCAGACACCCCUGUAAUGUGGAUUCUAGGUUCUGUUUCUUUGGUGUCCAUAUUAAUGAAGUAAAUUUAGGAAUAAUUUUACAUUUGUGUCUUCCUUUUUGCCUCCCUGUUAUAAUGCUCUUGCAAGGUUCUUAAAAAAUAAUUAUAAUGUAAUGAUUUUUAAUACAUAUCUAUUAAAUUUUCAGACAUUUUAGGUGAGGUCUCCUUGAAAGAAAAGUUUAGCCACACAGAAGUAACAAAACUUGUUGGUCAUAUCAGGCAAUCAAUAGAGUUUUCAAACCACAGCAUACCAAUCAAAAGAACAUCGCCAGAUGCUCCAAAUGGCACAGUUAAGAAUGGCCACCACCGAAUGCCUCUUCAGAAGUACAUGCUGCCAUCAGAUAUUGAGAGUUUAUGUGAUUCCACUAGUGAGGGAGAAGAUGAUAACUUCAGGAAUUUAGUUGGAGAAACUCUUGAUAUUUUGGACAGUGAGGAUUGUCAUACUGUGUUGAAUAUGUGUUUGGAUGCAGGGUUUUCUCAUGUUAUGAGCAGCAUGAUUCCUUUUUUCCAGGUGGAGGAGCUAGGUAAGUUGGGUAAUCACAGGAAAGAACCUCUGCAAGGUCCAGUGAGGUCAGUUAAUACAGUGCAGUCUCAAGAAAGUUAGGCAUUUCCAGCAGGAACUGGAAACACUGGUUUCCUCUUACAUGAUUUUGUUUAUUUGUACCAGAAUUAUUUUACAAUGUUUAGAAAGCUUUAUUUUCAGCACUGGCUUGUAUAAUAAUGCCUUCUCAUACAGUUUAGACCAUGGUAGACAUUAUUUUGUAUAAUAUUUAGUAAUUGACGUACAUAAUGUACAAUGAAUUCUAGAGAAAGUCCUGAAAUUGGCACAGCAAUUUUCCAGACCUGGAAGAAAUCUACUUAAUAGAGAUAAAAUCUGAAAAAAAAUGGUAUAAAGUCAUGAUUUGCUUUUUUUUUUCAAAGCUACAAUUAGUGCUUUGUAUUAAGUGAAAUUUUUUCCGUUUUGGUCAAAUCUUUUUUGUCAAUCGCAACUAUUAUCUACCCUUUUCUGACAAAUUUCGUUGCCCAUUGUUGCGCUUGCAGUCCUGCAUCAUGAAUACUAAAUUUUUGGAAAAGUUAAGAGAUUUAUUGUUAAAAAUUCAAGUAAUGGCUCAUUUAAAUGUUCAUACUUAUCAUGCACAUCUUUUUCCAGUGUUUUUUAAGGCCUGUAUUAAUCAACUGUUUAAUAAUAACCUUGAGUCUGGAAAAAGAAAUUAUUGUUUUGAAAAAAGUCUGGAAAAAGUCUUGAAUUGUGGAUCCAAAACCUGUACUUGUAAACCUUGUAAUGAGCUCUAAAUUCAUACACUGGGAAGUAGGUGGAAGGCAACCACUCAUUAAUAUCUUCAGUAUCUGCUGUCCUUGAAAAAGACUGACUAACUGUAGAUCACUAAUUUUGUCUAUGCUGCUACUUUUCUUUGCAGAACUUGGUGCUGUUGGUGGAAUGGAACGUGAACCAUCACUAGAUCUUCCACUGGCAAAGGUCAUUCCUAUUGUAAAUGGGCAGAUCAACCACAUUCUUUGUGACUCAGAUAACAGUUAUUUCCAGGAGCUGUUCAAAGUUGGUUGUGCCAGGGAAUUUGCAGCAAAUGUUUAUGAGGCAUUUAGCCUUGAAAUUGACUAGAUAAACACUUCACUUCCAGCUGACUUAGUUAGACAACUACCAUGCAUCUUUGAGUACCAUUUAUUACAAUUACAGUGGAACCCUUCCUUACGGCCACCACCCCAUUUAUACGACCACCUCGUUAUUAUGAGCAUAUUCUUUUGACACAAACCUAAAAAUCACUGAGUCAUUUCAUUUUUUUGAAGAGCUCGUUAAUGUAACCACCUCGUUAUUACGUCCAGGAUUUUAUUGCCCAACGGUGGUCGCAUUAAUGGGGUUCCACUGUAUUGUUAUUGUUAUUUGUUAAUUAUUAGCCUUUUCUAUUGUUUCCUCUAAGAAGAAUCUUUCAACAAAGACAUUAUACAUGUAUAGUAGUAUUAUUUAUUAUAUUGUGUGUAGGCAACUAAUAAUAAUUAUUCAGAGUCUUUUUUGCUUCAAAAUGUAGUUUCAGUUUGAGAGUUUCUAGAGGUGUCCUGGGUUUCCCUAGUUAGUACAGUGCCAGAAGUGAAAAAUAUAUGUCAUUAAAUUCAGUAAAACUGGGAAAGAUUUGAACCCAGGAGUCAUUUCAUAAUUAGGUUGAGUAUGAUCGUUUGGGUGAAUGUAGUCCUGUUGUUGACAAUGACUGACGUUUCGACAAACUGUGCGGUAGUCAUCUUCAGAGUCAAUGUUAUUGACCUGAUUAGUCAAUUAAGUCGUGAUGGAGCUACUUUCUCAUGUCUUUGAAGUAGCUACUUUUUCUUUUGAUUUUUUGGUCAUUAUCUUAUAACAAUAAUUUAUGACACAGUAAAUUGAAGCUGGUUUUACGUCUGAGGGUCAGAUAUGUAGGAAGAAAAAUUUGCAUCAAAUGAUAAUUCUCAUUACCUGUCAGUUUGAUUAAGUAUGAUAACUGUCAAUGAGAAAUUUGAUGAUGAAAAAGGGGUGAAAUUUUAAAGUACUUAACAGAUAUAUAUGUUGUAGUUCAAUUUCAUCCUUGGUUUAAAUUUUAUUUUCCUUUGUUUUAAACUCAUUAUCAUACAUUACCAUACCCCAAACAAAGGGAAAUAAAAUUUAAAUCAAGGAUAAAAUUGAACCACAACAUACAUUAUUUUAAGAUGCAUAGCAGUGUCACUGUACAUGAUGUAUGUGUUAUAUAACGUUCAUGCUGAAGGCAAUAUGUAUUUUAGA